AUGGCCAUUUUUAAGAAAAUUGUUGCCAUUUUGAAAGAGGAGAUGGGAUGCCAGAAAAAUUGCAGCGAUGAAGUACAGUCAGUACCUGUUCCUGACAUAGCGAUCACAAUACGUGAAGAUGAAAUCUCCAGAGUCAUCAAGGACAUUGAGGAUCCUUCUGAUGGUUCUCUUAGGAUCAAAGCACUACAGAAUUAUACAUCUAUUGGAGAGCAUUUCUAUCAGAAAGCAUGUCAGUUGGAAGGAAAAAUACAGUGCUUUGAAACUUGUAUCCGGAGGCCUUUUUUCCAUGUUAAGCCACUUGAUGAAAAUCAACUAAGAAAUUGGCAUCACUAUCUGGACUUUAUUGAGAAUCAAGAGGAUUUUGAUUGGGUACGCCCUAAUUCAUUAUGGUUCAUGUGGAAGUUUGCCUAA